AUGGACUACAUCAAAGAUUUCCUUCAUAAGACCCUUUCUCAGUAUGUGGAAGGCGUCAACGAGAAGACCGUCACACUGGGUUUCAAUGAGGGCGUGGAGAUAAACAAUCUCACCUUGCGGACAGACAUUGUUAACCAUGUGCUCCAGAACAACGGUGUGGACGCGCGGCUCGACUACGGCCGUAUCGGCAAACUUCGGCUGGUAUAUACCGCCCUUCCAGGGAUCGUAACCAUGCAGGUUGACGGGUUGGACAUUCGGAUGAGACCGAAUUUCACCGGUACUGCAAUCAAAAAAAUCUGCGCAACCCUCGGCGAACUCCAGGAGGAUGUGGAUGAAGGCGAUGUGCUUGGGCCGGUCCCGAGUGUCUCGCCAUACGGCAUCCCUUGUCCACCUCCUGUUUAUCCACAGUGCGCUUUCAGCCCCACACAGCCAGAGGUCCAUGACACCUUCUCUAGAAGACUGCCGCCUCACAGAGUGCCUCGACCACCACCCGUCGUUCGGAGGGCUCGCUACGUCAUGCCCGAGGCUCCGAUGGCCCAACUUGUCGCUGUACAAGACCCGGCUCCGUCACCGCGGCUCCCGGUCGCGUUACCGACUCUUCCUAGAUGCGAGCUGCAGUUUCCGUCGUUUGAAGUGUCGGCGCUACCGCCACUGUGUGAGAAUGUUUACGGCUUCAUCGAAGGAUGCUCAGACACCCUUGCCAAGAUCACAACGCCGGCACACGAGAAUUUCAGUGACGCUCCGGUCUCUUCGUAUCAAUGCUGCGUAAGUUUACCAAGAAUUGGCCACCGGUAG